UGAAACGUUUCACCACUGUACGAACAGCCAUGCAACACCAACUGUGGCUUCUUUACUUCAGCUUUUACGCCGCCUUACAGGGUGUGAUAGGAAAUUAUCGAGAUGAUUUUGUCACAUUGCCACGGCAAAGUCAUUGGUCGAUGGGAGAUUUUAACGCUACGCAGGCAAGUAAUAAAAAAGUGUUAAAUGGUGGGAUGAGAGAAUGGAACCGCUUUACCGAUAUAUCAGAUCAUUAUCAACUACGUUUUAAGCCUCUGCGUCAAAUGCCACGUUUCCUUGAAAAUAAAUUGCCACAGGUGCUGAUGCCAACGAAACACAACGUCACGGAUGGGGAAAAGGCAGAAACUGGUGCAGCGGUAGAGGCACACGUCGUGCAGGCGCCGGACACCGAGCUGUUAAACAACGCUUUCUCAAAUAUUCGCACUCCGCAAGUAAGACCGUAUGUUACAAGCACAGUGAAAUCGCCCCUUAGAUUGGCAGCUUUGGUCGCAACACCCGCCGUGAACUCUAGUUUGAUACCAUUGGUCACAGCGAAUAUUGCACAAGCUUCCGAUGCCUUAAACUCGAUCAUGAGACCACCACAAAUUGGUGUUACAAGGCCGCAAUCACUCUUUCAUAGCACACCGUUCAAACUUAAUUUGUUGCAACAACAACAUACGACCAAAAAGACGAAAAGCAAGGGCUUUCUUAGCCUCUUCGAGGUUAUAAAAUUCGAGAAUACCAAAUGUUCGGUGGCAAUGGAUGAGAUCGAUAUCCGCGUGCGCGCUUUGGAGGGUACUUGCUAUCAUGAGUUCGAGUGUAAAAGCUUAGGUGGCAUACCGACCGAGCCGUGCGCGGAGGGUGUGGGCGUGUGUUGCGUGUUUUUGACCGGUUGUGGCGAUACGACCAAACAGUCGGUGGUCUACUUUGAGAGCCCCAACUAUCCAAAUCCAGUACGCGAAAUGUUAAUUUGUGUGUUGAUCAUAAAUUUACGCGAUAAUGUGCAGCAAUUGCGUUUGGAUUUCAUUCAGUUUGAGAUUAAUCGCCCAAACGAUGGCGACUGCCUGGAGGAUCAAUUCAUUGUCUCUGGUCAUAACAUUAAUUUUGUUGUGCCCAUUCUAUGCGGCAUUAAUACCGGCCAACAUAUUUAUGUCGAUGUCAACAAUUCCUUUGAGAGGAAAAUUUAUCUGUCUUUUAUUACCAAACUGGCUAACGGAGAUCGUGCCUUCAACAUAAAAAUAAUGCAGCUGGAGACAGACUUGGCCCCAGAGGGUUGUUUGCAAUUUUAUACAGAAAAUGAAGGCGAUGUGAAGUCAUUCAACUAUGACGCCGACGGCGCCUUUGUCAACAAGGCGGGCGCAACAUAUUUUAAUAAUCUAAAUUAUGUAAUUUGUCUACAACGCUCCAAGGAUAUGUGUUCUGUUAGUUAUAAAACCGAGCUUAAUGGUGGCGAACAGCUGGAUUUUCAAAUCAUUAACAAAGACGAAGACGAAGUCGACUUGGUGCCGGAUGGUCAAGCGGGUGCUGGUAUUUUUAAUUGUCCCGACGAUUAUAUUGCCAUGAAUCAAGUGCGGCUUUGCGGCGAGCGUUUCAACGAUGGCACCGUUUCGGACGACUUCACUCAAAAUGCACCGGUUAAGGACGUCGCAGCGGGACCAAUUAUAUUACCAGUGCGCAGCGAUGACGAGUAUGUGGGUCGCGGCUUUCACCUAAUCUACAAACAGGAGUUAUGCAUUUGAGGCACAACAGAGUUACUCGUUUUGUUUUCAUUUAUUUGCAUGCAACUAUCUUCCCUUUAUUCUUUUAUGACCAUUCUCUAUUAUCUAUUGUGGAAUUUUACUAGAUUUGCAUGUGGCAAAAUAAAAAGUGUAAACACAUG